ACACUAUCAUUAUUGUCGCCUCUGAUUGCAAUUGGUUUUCAUAUGAACUUCACUCAUCCAAAAUCUCACACUUCUCCAACCCCAUAAGAGAUCGAACUCUUCCAUUCAUGAAUAUCAGAGAGAAUCUAAUCUUCGGCCUCCUUGCAAUCUUGUUGCUCAUUGUCGACAGAACCAAUGCUUUGACUCAUCAAUCUUGCAAUCGAUCAUGUCCGAACCCUGCAUCCUUCGGACGCGAUCGCUUGCCGUAUCCAUUCGGAUGCUCAGCCGGCUGUGAAAUCCAACUCAACUGCUCCAAAGCCGGAAUCUUCAUCGGAGAAUUCCCCAUCCAGUCCAUAAACUAUGAGAGCAUAAGAAUCAACCUCCAAAGCCGAUGCGACCGCCCCUCGCACACCCUCCACCAACUCUACAGCAACAACCACGCGCCGACGUCUCGAAACGCGAUUCUGUUACGAAACUGUACCGACGAACAGGUCUCAAGCAGUUGCGUGAUUCCUAGUAUUAACGUCGAGGCCAGAUUUCAAGCCCCACAGGAUUGCAAAACAAACAAAAGCCUCACUUGCUACGCGGAGGGCGAAAAGAAUGCUACGUUUUUGGAAUACGGGAGCGUGGAGAAGAAGGGCUGCAAGUACUUGUUGUCGUCCAUAUCGGCACAGAUUUUGAAUAGUAGUACGCAAGUAGUGCCGUUGGUGACGUUGGAUGUUGAAGUGGCGGAGUUGUUGUGGUGGCUGCCGGGAGUUUGCAACUGUGAUAAACACGCCAAAUGUAUUCCGGUUUUGACACCGAAUGGAACCGAUGGAUACCGGUGCAACUGCACGAAGGGCUUCAUCGGAGAUGGUUUUCGGGAUGGUUUUGGCUGCCGGAAAGAUUCACAAGACUGCAACCCUGCAAAAUUCUUGUCUGGGCAAUGUGGAGGAAAGACCAGAAUCAUCGUUUUGAUCGGAGGGGUUGUUUUAGGAGCUUUGCUAAUGAUUAGUCUAGGUCUGUUGUGUUGUUUCAUUCGGCGGCAAUCCAAACUGAAAGCCAGACAUAGCACAAAGCGGCUUCUAUCCGAAGCUACAGGCAACUGCAACAUUCCCAUCUAUCCCUAUAAAGAAAUUGAGAAAGCCACAAAUGGCUUCUCAGAUAAACAAAGGCUGGGGACGGGAGCCUAUGGGACUGUCUAUGCAGGGAAACUCCAAGCAGAUGAAUGGGUUGCCAUAAAAAAGAUCAAGAACAGAGAUGACACCAUUGAGCAAGUUAUGAAUGAGAUCAGGCUCAUUUCAUCCGUAAGGCACCCGAAUCUUGUGCGCCUAUUGGGAUGUUCCAUUGAACGUGGUCAGCAGAUACUUGUGUAUGAAUUCAUGGCCAAUGGAACAUUGUGUCAACAUUUACAAAGAGAGAGAGGUGAUGGACUUUCUUGGCCUAUACGUCUCACCAUUGCAACCGAAACUGCUCAAGCAAUAGCUCAUCUCCACUCUGCUAUUAAGCCCCCUAUUUAUCACAGAGACAUAAAGUCGAGUAACAUCCUUUUGGAUUGUAACUUCAAGUCCAAAGUGGCAGAUUUUGGUCUUUCAAGGCUUGGCAUUGCCGAAACUUCCCACAUUUCAACAGCGCCGCAAGGGACUCCGGGUUAUCUUGAUCCUCAGUACCAUCAGAACUUCCAUCUUUCAGAUAAGAGUGAUGUCUAUAGCUUUGGUGUAGUUCUUGUUGAGAUUAUAACAGGAUUGAAGGCAGUGGACUUUUCGCGGCCACAGAAUGAAGUGAACUUAGCUGCUCUAGCCACUGUAAAGAUUGGAAAAGGGUGUUUAAAUGAGAUCAUAGAUCCAUCUCUUGAACCCUUUGAGGAUGAUUGGACUGCUUCUUCCAUUCAUAAGGUAGCAGAAUUAGCAUUCAGAUGUUUAGCCUUUCAUAGAGACGCGAGGCCUUCAAUGAUGGAAGUGAAAGCUGAGUUGGAAGAUAUAAAGCUAAGUAGAUGGCCAGCAUCAGAAGAAAACACUUACACAGCUUCAUCAGAGGAAUCCUCUUUCGGUUCUACAUCUAGUGUUAGUGAGAAACCUCUGAACAAAAGUAAGUCCCAAUCAGAGCGCAAUGUCCUUGUGGUGCAGACUAGUACUGAAGCUGCUAGUAAUUUUAAUUCAAUAGAAAAGUUGAAGGACAAUUCACCAGUUUCUGUCCAAGAAUCAUGGUUAAGUGAACACAGCUCAUCACCUUCAUCAAAUAGUUUGCUGGGCAAUGCAGGCUGAGGUAAAUUUUCAAUUAGUGUGCUUAGGUUCAUGUCAUAAUCAAGUUAUAGUUUCGGAUUAUAGAGUGCAUAUUGUUUUUGUUUCGUAAUUGUUAGUUGAUUACAUGGAAUAAGAACCUGUAGGCUGUUAGGUGUUGGUCUUGAGAGGAAAUUCACUGAUCUUACUGUAAAUAUUGAUACAUUAAGAAGUUUGCCUGGGAUUUUUGAUAUCGUCUUGCUUAUUUUUUCGAAUGCAUACCAAUUUUGCCACAAUGAACUAAAUUUAGAAGAGGUGGGAACAUGAAAACCAGUUGACCCAUAUUCUGCUUAGUGCUUUCCUUAUAAUUCUAUACUCAACAUAAUUCCAGGUUUUGUAGACAGAUUGAAUUAAAACAAGUUCAUGAACAGGACAAGUUGAACAAGUCAGAUAAUAAUGCAUCCCAUUUUGUGCAUACCUGCAUAUUUUUACUUUAAAUACUGAGACCAAGAGAAGGAAAUACAAUCAUGAUCGACCCUUAUACCAUAGAUGACUUGUCAUAAG